AUGCCGCAGGUGCCAGGAAAGGGACAGAUUGAGUUGAUCAUUGACGUAGGCAACGAAGAGAUGGAAGAUUUUGAACACUAUGGAAAUUUGGUGGGCGUUUUGGAGAAAUCCGAAUAUUGCCCAUGUCUCUCCAGUGCUGUCCAAGCGAUAGUUUGGCGGCCUCUCUCCUCCAGCAGCAGCAGAGAACGGAUCCAGCACAGUCUAUCUCCUUGUCCUGCUGGCCGACACUGGAUACCAUCUCGCUUCCACUCGGCACCUCUACGGCGUGGGCAGCUGGCGUUUACGAGGCGCCGUGGCUGGCACUUAUAUCGAUACUUGAGGAGACCAUGGAGAUCCCCGCGCGCAAGCUUUUGUCCUCUGCAGAUUUUACCCGGUAAAAGAGGGGAGGAGUCGAAGAGGAUCUGCAACGCAGCGAGGGAGCGAAGGCGAAAAAGGGGGACCUUGCAUCUGCCCAGGAUUUGA